CCAUAGCAGUCAGUUCGCUGUUCUCUCGUGUCCGGUUCGUUUUGUCGCCGCCGUCGGUCGUGAUCGUAGUUGUGUUCGAGAGAUGGUUUAAUUUUUAAAUUUUUAUUUAUCUUUCUAGUCGUUGUAACAAUUAUUGUACGUCAAACUUAUUCGCGAUACAACCCGUAAACAUCAUUCCGAGAAGUGAAUAAACGUUUUGUUUGCUAUUUAAUUAUUGUUGGUUUUGUUUUGUUUUGUUUUUUUUUAAUUUUUCUCCGUAACGCUCCUUAUUGUUGAUAUUCUCAAUAGGUACAACGGGAUAAUAGUACCUACGCUGGAUAAUUAAAAUUGUUUGUGUUAUUAUCGCACGUUCAAAUGUGGAUUAUUAAAUUCGCCGGAAACCUGAGAGACACUGAAAAAUGAAUGAUGCAUUCAGAGGCUUUGGUGUGGUUAACGACGGGAAUCGGCGGCCCCCUGUCCGUGGUAUGGCUGUGCUGGGCGAUACUGGUGCUGUGGUUCGGCCGCGGCCAGUGGCGGCCGUCGGACCCGCUGCUCAUUGCCCUGCUGGCUGAGGCGAUCGCCAAACAGGCGGCCGGCACCGCGAGCUCGGCGCUGUCGCUGUUCCGGCCCGACGAACCGGCCAUGUGCAGCGCGGUGCAGUGGCUGUGGACGGCCGCGCACACCAUGCAGGCCGGCACGCUGGCCUCGCUGGCCCUGAUGGCCGGCCUCAGGCGCAAGAAGCGGACGGUGGCCGCGGGCGGCCGGCCGCUGUUGCUCUACCACCUGGCCAGCCUGUCGGUGGUGAGCGCGUGCGUGGGCGCGGCCGCGCUGAUCGCGCAGACGGACCCGUGCGCGCCGCCGUCCGACCGCCGGUACGCGGUGUUCUCGCUGGUGUUGCACGCGUCCCUGGCCGCCGUCGCGGCCGCGUCCGCGGCGUUCGGUUGCGCCGGCCACCGGAAGGGGCCCAACCCGCUGCUGGUCAACUCGUCGUCCGACCUGUCGUCGUGCAUGUCCGAGAUAUCAACCGUGUCCAGCUGCAGCCGGGGCGGCAUACGGCACAGCGUCAGCGACUGCAGCGACCGGACGACGGUCACGUGCACCACGUCGGUGACCGGCACCGGUGGCGGUUACCACCGGACCGACUGCGCGCUGGUCAACGACCUGCUCCGGUUGCCGUCGGCCGGUAACGCGCCGCCGGUCACGUUCCUCAACGGCGCUCCCAGGACGAUGAUGCACCAACAGAACGGCGUCGCCGCCGAGGACGACACGCUCCGCAGGAUGGACGAGACCAAGCGGCUCAUCGACUCCGGCACGUUGUUGACGAGCAGCGACCGGGACAGCUACGCCGCGUCCACCAUCAGACCGUACCGGUACGGCGGCCCGGGUUCCCGGUAUCAAUUGCCGUCCACCGCGGCGUCCGUGUCGGUCACGUCCACCAACAGUCGGGCUCCGUGCCUGGCCAAACGCGUGUCGCUGGUCCAGGACGUCCGCAUCGGUUACGUGGUGGCCAUACUGUUCAUGUGCUACUUUGUCGACCAUUUGCCCGUACUGGUGCUGAUGGCUUCUGAACAUUUCAUACCUUCGAAGUUUGUGUUUUCCGCUGAGUAUGCACCUGUGGUAAAAAAUUUACCAAUGCUGGCGGCGCUGGCCGAAGCGUGUCUGUGGCCGGUGGUGUUGCUCCUGUUCGACGACCAGUUCGUACCCCGGCUGUCAAACUUGUACCGGAGACGAAGCGUUUCGGAUCGAGCUAAGCCCCCUCAAGGCUUACACGGCAAGUUUCGCCCGUACAACGGUUCGUUGCAAGAUGCCCGAAGGCCUCCACCGCCUUCCAGUGGUGGCGAGGCGGUCCGAUUUCCCAUCACCAACGGAUCUUUGUUCGCCAGCCUGGACGGCAGAGUUCCGGUUCUGCACAACUACAGACGAGGCGUCAGGACGAUGAGUGGUCUACUGUCUUCUCCACCGCCACCUCAUUUCAUACACACCGCAGCCGAUUCACAGGUCGGUCACUGUUGCGAAGACGAACACCACCACCACCAUCACCAACAACAACAACAGCAGCAGCAACAACAACAACAACAACUCCAUCCCCGGUCACUGCGAUUCGCCAACAUGGUGACCGCGUCGGCGGCCAUGUCCGCGACCGCGGUGGACGACUGCAAAGUCGCGGCCGACGACUCGACGCCGGCCGACAGCCUGGACGACCAGUCGUCGGUCGUGGCGGGAAUUUCCACCGUCGUGGUCGUCGGCGGCGGCGGUGCUCAAACGACGACGACGACGACGACGGACAACCGAUUGCCGCAAAACUUGCAACAACUUCGCGAAAAGCUGUACGCUCAAGACGACGACGACGACGACGACGACGACGGGACGAGUUGUUGCGGCAGUGACGACGACGGGGCACGACGACGGGCGGACCGGCCCGAAAAGGCGGCGGACACGACGGCCGACGACGACCAAGACGAUUCUUCGGACGACGGAUGCGACAGGCGAACGGACGACUGCGACGACUGCGACGAGGAGGGCGGGUACGCCACGCUGUCCGCCCGGAGCGUGUGCUCGGCCACGACGGCGGCCAACGACGAUUUCGAAUAUUUCGCCGCGUCCGUCGACCGGCCGAGUGGCCGUUGUGGCGAAGCUGUCGCGCAACCGGCGGCGGCCGACCGGUCGCCCGUCGGCGGUCGGGUACCGUACCAGCGGGCUCCGACCAGACGCGCCAAGCACCACCAGCCGCAGCCGCAACACCACCGGCACCACCAGCCGCAGCCGGCGCCGUAUCACCCGCAGAAGCAACACCACCACAGGCACCAACCGCGCUCAGCGCCCGCACCGGCCCUGCCGCCCACGCCGCCCACGCCUCGCAGGCCCAAGGCCCGUCUCACUUCCGUCCUGUCGGUCGACUCGCUGGUCGCGGCGCAGGCGGCCGCGGACGCCGCCUGCAAUGGUGCACACCACCGUCAGCCGCACCAUCACCAGCACCAGCACCAGGCGCACCACCACCUGCACGGCGGCGGCAGACAUCGCGGCGGCUUCGGCGGCAUAGCCGGCAGACGUCUGGGCGGCGGCGGCGGCCGCGGACACCACGGCGGCAGUGUGCCCGAUCUGAAACGAGUGUUCGUCACGGAUUUUUUGUAAACCGCGGCGUGUUUCACUCAUCGUCACCGGGACGGGUUCUCGGCGUCCCUUGAUUUUCCGGUCAGUGUUCGCCGGCAUCCGUUUCCGUUGAAUUUUAAACGGUUUUUUUUUUUGUUUAUUCAGAAAAAUCAUUUUUUUUUUAUUUAACUUUUAAUUUUUUUGUCAUGCGACUUAUCGAUAUAAUAAUGAUAUUAUUAUGCAUAUAAUUUAUUAUAUCACAUGUAUAUAUACAAAACACGAUGACAUUAGAUUUUCAUAUAUAUAUAUAUAAUAUAUUAUGCGUGUAUACAUGCACAUUUCUGAAUCACGCAUUCGUGUAUUUCGAUAAUAAUUUAUUCAAACCAAAAUCUGUUUUAAAAAUUAUUUAAAGCGUUUGGUUAGUUCUGUUUUAUUUUUAUUUUUUUUUCUACAAAAAUAUUGCUAGGUACAUGUGCGCCAAAUCAGUUAGUAGUAGGGAGGUGUAUAUAUAUUACACAUAGCAGCGUACAACACAGUAUUUUGUUAUAAUUUUCGUUAGGAAAUCGCGGACCAAAGACGGAAAAGUAUAGUAUAAUAUGUACAUGUACGUGUUAUAAGUAUAAGAUAUUCUCACCGCAGUAUUGUACCGUGUCUAACUCCAAAAAUUCGUUUCCAUCGUGUUUCUAUAAUUCUCAUACGACUAUUAUUAUUAUUAUUAUUAUUAUUAUAAAUUAUUAUUAUAUAAUAUAUAUAUUUUUAGACUAAGAUAUUUUGUUUAUUUUUAACAUUUGGUGCCAAUUUUAUUGUAAGAUUAAAAUGUAUUUAAACGUUUAUUAUUAUUACUAUUUUGUAAAUUAAACAUUGUUUUUGUUUUUGCUUUUUUUGAAUUAAUGAGAUUGUACAUUAUAUUAGUAUUUAGUAUUUCACGUUAUGUUGAUAUCAGAUAUUUAAUGACUUAAAUUUUAUUAUUAUAUUCUAAAACAUUAACCAUUUUUUGUUUGAUAGUCGACAAUAAUAAAAAUGUAUGUCAAAUAAAAACAA